AUGACUCUGCCUUCAGAACUGGCCAUGAAUAUUCGGAUUAUUAAAGCACUUGGUGAUGCGCGUACAGUAGGACCUUUAAGACACUUUAUUAUUUCGGCUAUUCUGAAACGGCUUAAAAAGCCUAAUGUGAUAACUGGGGGAAUGUUUUGGAAGUUUUUGGGUAUUUACUACGGAAUGAAUGAGGAGUUAGAAGUGCCAGGUCGGGAGGUGGGUUUUGAAGAGUUUAAACUGCCGAUUCAGAUGGAAUAG